AUGUUCCAGUGGAACCAUUUAACGCACUGUAGAUGUAGACUGACCUAUGCGUGCAUACGAACAUCGACUGGCAGCGUGUCCACAAGAUGGCUAGCGAAUUUGACUGACCAUAAGAACGAGAAUCAUACUUUUUCUAAAAAAAAUUUCAACAAUGUGUUCAUGCAAAAUAUCAGGAUUACACAAGAUGGGCACAUCAAGUGUGAGAGGUUCUUUUUUUCCAAGUACAGCCUGCCCUACGUUCUGAACAUCCCUGUGAGUGACCUGCGCCUGAUCGACUCGAGCAACAACCACAACCCUACCCUGCUGGUGAGGAAGAACAUGAUCCUGCUGCGCACGGGCUUCAUCAGCUGCGUGAUUCGGUUCAACGAGCUAUGGAUGUUCGAGCCGAAUAACGCCCUAGUGGUGAAGGCCACCAACUUGGUUAAAAAAAAUUUUAAAAGGAAAAGUGACUUGGAUGGGGAAGAAGGGGGGAAGUCAAAUGGGCAGGCGGAGGAUGUAGCGAGUUGCUUUGAAGGGAAGGACGCCUGUCCGGGGGUAGCCUCUCAAGCGUGCCGCAGUACCUCCGAGGAGUGCCGAAGAAGUACCUCGGAGGGGUGCCCCUUAGAUGGCCCACAGGAAUGCCCCCUAGACGGCGCGCAAGAGUGCCCCCCUCCGGAUGAGCUGAACCACGUGAAUGUUAAAAACCAUUUUUACAAACACAAAACGAACAUCUACUUUGAGUUCCUGUGUUUGGACAUCUGCAUGCAGCUUUCUAUAAAGGAGUACGAGGAAGACCUGUACCGACUGAAUGAAAAAAUAAAGGGAAUCAUUUUGCAACAACGAAAGGAAGAAAACAGUGAAAUCAAUAUCCUAACAAAUAACCUCCUAAGAGAUAUGAUGAAAAUAAAAAAUAGCUUACAGAAAUUUUCAAAUCUGUUAAACGCUCUUCGUAACAGCAUCGAACGAAUUCUGAAUAAUCACACAGACAUGGAGAACAUGUAUUUAACUUUUAUGAAGACGAAUGUAAUGAAGGAAGGAAUUGUUUCUGCUAAUUGUAGUAGUAAGUCAUCUAGCCCUUUAAAGGAUUGCACCGACUUGGAAAUUGUUUUAGAGACCCAUUUGCAGCUUACGGAUGAGCUGUACAGAGAAUUAGAAAAUGUGGAGGAAAAAAUUACUCACUAUGAAGAAUUGAUGCGACUGAAUUUGGACUAUAAUCGGAACAAAUUCAUUUUGUUAAAUGUUAAAAUAUCUUUUGCCACUUUAUUUUUUUCCGUUUCUUCUGUUAUUACAAGUUUGUUUGGAAUGAAUUUAAAAAAUUUUUGUGAAGACAACGACUAUGUGUUUUUCUUGGUGUCUCUUUCCGUGUGUGUGUCGUCUUGCCUGGGGAUGCACCUCACGAGGAACAUCAACACGAUUCUCCGCUUCUUCGACCGCUACCGUGUGAAGUAG